AAUAAAAUGCUCCAGCAGCGUGAGUUUUCCUCAUGUGUGGACUGAGCUGGAAGACGGUUGUUUUGUAGUGUCUCAGAUGAAUAUUUGUUCAGAUGAAGUAACGAUGAGUUCAGUCCAGAAUCUGAGAGAGUUGAUCAACGAGCGACUAACUGCUGCUGCUGAAGAAAUAUUCAGAGAGUUUGAGAAAACCAUCGUCCAGUACGAGGAGGAGAUCGAUCGUCAGCGCAGACUGCUGGAUAACAUCUGGAAACCACAGAUAACACAACACACAGCAGUCCUCCCACAGGUAGAGAUCUGUAACGAAGAGGAUAACAACUGGAAAUUACAAAUAACGUUGCACACAACAGAACUCCCGCUGCAACAGAUCUGUAAGGAGGAGGAGGUUCCUGCUGAGCAGAAUGUCUGUAACCAGGAGAGGAACUCCAGUGUGGACCAGGAGGAUCCAGAGCCUCCACAGAUGAAAGAGGAACACAUGGAAAUCUGCACCAAUCUGGACCAGGAGAACCCAGAGCCUCCACAGCUCAAAGAGGAACAAGAGGAACUCGGCAACAGUGUGGACCAGGAGAACCCAGAGCCUCCACAGAUGAAAGAGGAACAUGAGGAACUCUGCACCAGUCUGGACCAGGAGAACCCAGAGCCUCCACAGAUGAAAGAGGAACAUGAGGAACUCUGCAACAGUCUGGACCAGGAGAACCCAGAGCCUCCACAGAUGAAAGAGGAACAUGAGGAACUCUGCAACAGUCUGGACCAGGAGAACCCAGAGCCUCUACAGCUCAAAGAGGAACAAGAGGAACUCUGCAACAGUCUGGACAGACAGCAGUCUGGACAGACGGCAGCAGCAGAUACGAGUCAGAAAGCAGAUAGCUUUAUGCUAGUUCAGUACAAGUCUAAAUGUGAAGAAUUGGCAAGAGAAAAAUUCAGUAUCUCUGAAGACACAAUUGGCCCUUAUGAAGAAGCGACUGAUUGUCACCGCAGACCAUUUAAUAUCACCAAGAAUCUCCAAAUAAAGUUACACAGAAUAGACCUUCAACAGCAACAUAUUUAUGAGGAGCAGGAGGUUUUCACUGAUCACCUACUCCGUAACCAAGAGAGGAACUUCUGCUUGGAUCAGAAGGAUCUAGAGUCUCGACAGAUUAAAGAAGCACAGGAGAAACGCUACCUCAGCCGAGACCAGGACAUUCCAAAACUUCCACAGAUUAAAGAGCAACAAAAGGAACUCAACUGCAGUCAGGAGAGAGAGCAGCUUGAUGCCUUAAAGGGGAUUUCUGAAGAAAGUGAUCACAGUGAACCAGAACCUCCAAAAUGUGUUGCCAAGCCCAUUCCCAACCGCCACUACCUCCUGUGCCCGGUCUGCAACAAGAGCCAGGACUGCCUCUCUGUGCAUCUGGAACGGACCUGCAUGAAGCAGACCAGCAAAGACGAAAGGGCUAAAGUUGUGGAAAAGGCCAAAGAAGAGGCUAGUGUGCUGCUGAGGUCUGGGCGCGUUUAUACCUACCAGCUCCUCCAGGACAUUUUGGGAGCCAAAGACCCCCUCAAGAGGCUGAUUGAGGAGCUGCAAAGGAGGAACAGCGUGGUCACCAAUGUGCCAUCCGCAGUUCCAUCCACCGCCGCCCAGCUCCCUGAUGUACAGGCCGGGCCUUCCACUGCCACGGGCCGGCCUGACUCCCCUGAGGAGUCGAGUGAUGAUACAAGCGAGAGCAGUGGGGAGACUUUUCAGUGCAAUCGCAACCCGGAGUGGAAGAUUAACAAGAGGGCGCGGAUGGCUGAUCUGGGGCUCUACCAGAAGCAUUCCCUCGACCAUCCUCUUUUAAAAGGAUUUGCAACACACCUGCGAAAGGACCUCAGCAUUGAAAAUUUCAAGCAGGAGGUUGACAACGUGGCACGCUUCCUCUUCUUCAUGGAUCCUGCUGAACCCUCCCUCAUGUUUGUGCGGGAACGGGAGAAGACACAGGAAUACCUGCGGAAGCUUUCCGACGCCAAACUUGGCAAUCGAACCCAGCUCAACUAUUUGAAGAGCUUGAAGAGAUUCCUGAACCACCGGAUCACAAAUACAGACAUGUUUAGGACCGACGCAGGUCUCCACAACGAGGCCAAGCAAUACACGGACUUCAUCGGUUCUUUGCAGAAACAACUGGCGAAGGGCAUCAGCAAGGAAAUCGUUGCAAAGCGUGACAGAAUCAUUCUUGGGGACAUGACAACCACCCCACAUGACUGCACAGCGGUGCUGAGGGCGGCCAAAAAAGACUUUUUGGCCAUUCUCGGCAAGAUCGACGAUACCACACAAUCCUAUGACUGCCAGCUGGAGACCUCCGAGUGCCUCAUUGUAUUGUACUACCUCGAAGCGAUUGUGGUACUGAAGCACCUGCAGAAGCCCGGGGUGGUGGAGCACAUGACAAUUGAGGAGUGGAAAAACCGAAGCAAGCUGGAUAAGGGUUUUGUUGCCAUCUCUGUAAAAGAACACAAGACUGCCACACAGCAGGUGGCAGUCUUUGUUCUCUCCGCAGAAGAGGAGGCUUGGUUCGACAAGUACUUUGAGUGUGUGAGGGACCAGCUGAAGACAACAAAGAGGUUCCGGGCGAGCCCAGAGGCUGAGAACGUAGAAGAAGACCCCCUGGAGCGGUUUUUCCUGUCGACAUCUGGCAAACCAAUUCACAACUGCUCCAAUGAUUUGGCCAGGCUGCACACAAAGUAA